GGGGGCGGGGGCACACCUCGGCGGACAGCGGGACCGGGCGGGCAGCCAGGCAGCGUCGCAAGUUUCCGCGCCGCGUGCGGAGCCCGGGCGAGCGGGCCGGCCCCGCGUGCAGCGCGCCCGGCCGGACACCCCGAGCAUGGGCGGCGACGCGAGCGCGCCCGGACGGCCGGGCCGGCCGAGCAGCCCCCUGGGCGGCCGGGAGGAGGCGGCGAAGGCGCGGCCCCGGCUGCUGCCGCUGCUCCUGCUGCUGCUGGGCUGCCUGGGCCGCUGCGCCGCGGCGGAGGACGCGCAAGUCAACGCCGAGAACUGGCUGCGACUCUACGGCUACUUGCCCCAGCCCAGCCGCCACAUGUCCACCCUGCGCUCCGCCCAGAUCCUGGCCUCUGCCCUGGCUGAGAUGCAGCGCUUUUAUGGCAUCCCCGUCACGGGCGUCCUGGACGAGGAGACCAAGGCGUGGAUGAAGCGGCCUCGCUGUGGGGUGCCAGACCAGUUUGGGGUGCGUGUGAAAGCUAACCUGCGGCGGCGGAGGAAGCGCUAUGCCCUCACGGGGAGGAAGUGGAACAGCCAUCACCUGACCUUCAGCAUCCAGAACUACACGGAGAAGCUGGGCUGGUACCACUCCCUGGAGGCAGUGCGCAGGGCCUUCCGGGUGUGGGAGCAGGCCACGCCCCUGGUCUUCCAGGAGGUACCCUACGAGGACAUCCGGCUGCGGCGGCAGAAGGAGGCCGACAUCAUGGUACUCUUCGCCUCCGGCUUCCACGGGGACAGCUCCCCGUUCGACGGCAUGGGGGGCUUUCUGGCCCACGCCUAUUUCCCCGGCCCAGGUCUGGGCGGGGACACCCAUUUCGAUGCAGAUGAGCCCUGGACCUUCUCCAGCACUGACCUGCAUGGGAACAGCCUCUUCCUGGUGGCCGUGCAUGAGCUGGGCCAUGCGCUGGGGCUGGAACAUUCUAGCAACCCCAGUGCCAUCAUGGCGCCCUUCUACCAGUGGAUGGACACCGACAGCUUCCAGCUGCCUGAGGACGACCUGCGGGGCAUCCAGCAGCUCUACGGCACUCCGGAUGGUCAACCACAGCCCACUCGGCCUCUCCCCACGGUGACGCCCGGGCGGCCAGGACGACCAGACCAUCGGCCCCCUAGGCCCCCGCAGUCACGGCCCCCCAAGCCAGGACCCCCAGCUCAGCCCCGUGCCACUGAACGCCCCGACCAGUAUGGCCCCAACAUCUGUGAUGGGGACUUCGACACAGUGGCGGUGCUUAGAGGGGAGAUGUUUGUCUUCAAGGGCCGCUGGUUCUGGCGCGUCCGGCACAACCGGGUCCUGGACAACUACCCCAUGCCCAUCGGGCACUUCUGGCGCGGGCUGCCCAGCGAUAUCAGCGCCGCCUAUGAGCGCCAGGAUGGGCGCUUCGUCUUCUUCAAAGGUGAUCGCUACUGGCUCUUCCGGGAGGCAAACCUGGAGCCGGGCUACCCGCAGCCUCUGACCAGCUACGGUCUGGGCAUCCCCUACGACCGCAUCGACACGGCCAUCUGGUGGGAGCCCACGGGCCACACCUUCUUCUUCCAGCAGGACAGGUACUGGCGCUUCAACGAGGAGACGCAGCGCGGGGACCCCGGCUACCCCAAGCCCAUCAGCGUCUGGCAGGGCAUCCCCGUCUCCCCCAAAGGGGCCUUCCUGAGCAACGAUGCAGCCUACACCUACUUCUACAAGGGCACCAAGUACUGGAAGUUUGACAACGAGCGCCUGCGGAUAGAGCCCGGCUACCCCAAGUCCAUCCUGCGGGACUUCAUGGGCUGCCAGGAGCGCGGGGAGCCGGGAUCCCGCUGGCCCGACGUGGCCCGGCCGCCCUUCAACCCCGACGUGGGUGCGCAGCCGGGGGCUGGCGGCGGGGAGGAGGAGGACGUGGACGAGGAGGAGGAGGACAGCGCCCGGGCCGGGCCCGACGGGGCCGGGGACGGCGGCAGCCGCGUGGUGGUGCAGAUGGAGGAGGUGACGCGGACCGUGAACAUGGUGCUGGUGCUGGUGCCGCCGCUGCUGCUGCUGCUGUGCGUGCUGGGCCUCACCUACGCGCUGGUGCAGCUGCAGCGCAAGGGCGCGCCGCGCAUGCUCCUCUACUGCAAGCGCUCGCUGCAGGAGUGGGUCUGAGCCCGCCGGCCCCGGGCACGGUGCUAGGGGCGGCGUCCGGGGGGCGCGGUGCUGCGGGGGCACCCGGGCUGCCGGCGCCCGCCCGCCGCUCUGAGAACUGCCCAGUGCGGAGAGCGCGGCGCGUGGCUCUCUCUCGGGUCCGGGAGCCGGUGGGUGGAGCUCCAGCCUCCCCCCCACCCCUGCCCCCGCCCCCGCCCCGCGGCGCGCCCCCUUUUUAUUUAUGCCCGGGUUAUUCUUCCUUGGUCGGCGCCUGGCACACUAACUGCAUUUGUUUCCGCGCAGCAGCCCGGAGCAGGGAGGGGCGCGGGCAUUGUCAUGGGGGUUCAGAGCCCUGCAGGGCCAGAGUGGGUCCCCCCUCCCCCGGGGGCGGUUGCGGUUCCGCCCAGCCCACCCUCCGUGGCCGUAAGCCCUGGCUGGUUGUGGGAGCUGCCGGGCCCGGGGUGUCUGCUGCCCCAGUCUCUGCCUUAGGAAGCGGCGGGGUCUCUCCUUCUGCCCCCCCCCCCGCCCACCCCCCGACCAUACCCCUUCACUCAGCUGCUUCUGUCUAAGGGCCCACACCGCCCCCCGCCCCCCGGAGCCCACACGCCUUCCCUCUGGACCUGCCUUACCGAGGACCAAAGGGGUCUGCCAGGGCCCCUCCCAGCUACUUCCCAGCCCCCACCACCCACUCUUCUCUCCCCUUUGCCACACCUGCCCUCUCCCUGCCUCCCUUUGCCCCCUGGUACCCACGCCACUGUCCGCAGGGGUCUCGGGAGCCCCCACCCCAGUGUGCCAGUGUCCCCGCCGCCCUGGGGGACUGCUGGGCCCAGAGUCCGGGGGUGCCUGCUUCCAGCCCCUGUGGUGACCCCAGAGCCCCCUGGCCGGGGAAUGCUCCCCACCCCCCAACCCGGAGAGAGCGGGCGGGCGGCUGCGGCGGGAACGGUACUGUCCUCGGGCCUGGCCCCUGCCCUCGGAGCCGGGAGCACCCGGGCCCCCCACGUAGGUCCCGCCUGUAAAAUAACCUGCGCUGAUUAAACUGGUGGCUGGCGUGG